CCAGGGAUCAAAACUGCAUCUCCUGCAUUGGCAGGUGAGCUCUUUGUCACUAGGGCCACCUGGGAAGCCCCUUAUCUGGUAUCCUUUGGUGCUUUUCACUCAGGAAUACAUUGAUGAGUUAUCUGUAUUAAAAAAUACUCUAGCCCAUAAAGCCUCACCUGAUUGUGGUCUAUGCAAGAGGUUGCUUAGGAUGGAUCAAUUCUCUCUGGAAAUGGUAGCAAAAAAAAAUAUUGAGAGUGACAAAAUAUCAUUUUAAUUUCCAAAACUCCUUCUCAUUUUUCGAUUGUAAAAUGUGUAUGUGUGAUGAGUUGUUGUUGUUCAGUAAAUCCGUCAUGUCUAAGUCUUUGCAACCCAUGGAUUAAGGGUGUUUAUUCUGAAAAGAGAAAUGGACAGAUACAGAGACAUGAAAUAAAGGUGAAAAAAAGAAAUGAAUAGUUUUCUAACAGAAUUCAAUGUUUCAUGAUUUUUCUCCAAAAAAAUGAACCAAACCUCAGAGCCAUAAGCAGAAGUGAGAAUCAAUGUGGAAACCCUGACUUCCUGCAACCCACUUCCUUUAUGACAGGCAAACACUUGGACCAUGUGUCGAUAGAUGAAACAUCCUCAAAUUAGGCCAAGGCCCAGCUGAAUAUCUCUGCUAGGAUAAAAGCACUUUCUUUCCAGCUGAAAUUUUCAAACUCUCUCCCAGAUCGCCUGCCCCGAUUCAGGUGUGCCACCAGACACUUGUACUACUUGGAAUUCUAAAAACUGCUUUCCCAUCAUGAAGCUACUGUACCUUCUCUUCCUCUUACUUGUGUGUCGUAUCCAGACAACAUCGGGGAAAGGAAAAAAGAAAAACCUUGAAUGUGAUAAAAUCGGUGGUGCCUGCAAGUAUCAGAACACUGAUGGGUGUGUCAUCCUGCCUGGAGAAUGCAAGAGUCAGAAGAAACACUGCUGCAGAGUCUAGUUUCAGCAUCGGAGCAUCCAUAGCAGCAGCAGACACUCCCCACGGCUGAGUCCUGUUUAAAAAGAGACACUGCUCACUCAGGUCCUGUGAGGUCUUUCUGAGUGCAUGACAUCAUGAACUGGAUGGGAAGAUUUCAGUUGGAAGUCUGGCCACACCACUCGUUAGCUGAUUAACUCUGGACAGGCCUUGACUUUCUUAGGUCUCAGUCUCUGCUCCUGUGACUAUUAAAAUGGAUGUUCUCCACAACCUAAUUUGUUGGUGGUGGGGUUUAGUUGCUAAAUCAUGUCUGACUCUUCUGUGACCCCAUGGACUGAGUCUGUGCGAUUUUCCAGGCAAGGAAACUUCAGUGGGUUGUCCUUUCCUUUUACAGGAGAUCUUUCUGACCCAGGGAUCAAGCCCACAUCUCCUGUGUCUCCUGCAUUGGCAGGCAGUCUUUAUCACUGAGCCCCGGGAAACCCAACCUGUUAAUCUAUGUCUACAAAUGUAUGGACUGAGGGAAAGAGCUUUGAGUGUGUGUGUGUGCGUGUUAUAGUGUGAAAAGUCACCAAGGUUUUGUGUCCCUUUGUGGAAGGAUAUCUGUGUUUCCAUUGGCAUAUGGGUUUCCACAUGGUCAACAUGUGCUUAACAUCACAAGAGGCAGCAAACUGCUUUCUGAAGCAGCUGUGGUCACUGCUGAUAAUCUCAGUGGCCUCUGAGUUCCCAGUCUCUCCAUGUUCCCAUCCCUCGUCACACCUCCAUGUACAAUUUAUAGUGUUUCUCUGUUAAAAGGAUGAAGGACAAAUUCUCUAGUGUCUCAGGUCCUUCACCCGUUGGCCAUACUUUCUCGAGUUUCAUCAGCCUGGUUCUCAAACUAACCCCUGACACAGUGUCAGUCGUCUUUCUGGCGUAUUGUGUUCUCCUCACACUGAAACACACUUAAGCUACUUGUCCUCUGACUUUCCCUGCCUGAUUUGUACUUUAUUUCUUAGUCUCAGCUCACACAUGGCCUUCACUGGGAAGACAUCCUUCAUUCACCCAACUUGAGUAAGAGAAGAGACUUUGGUUCCAUGGCCUCAGCUACCAGUACACUUUCUAGCACACAGUAGGUGUUCAAUAGAUGUUGACAGAAUAGUCAAUGAAUAAAGAAAACGAUAGAAUGAGUCUUCAGCUUUCCAAUGCAAUUCAGGGAUUAUCCAUUAAAUGUGAAUUCGUCAGUUCACUUUAUUCAGGAAGUUCCAUCAAACAUGAGUCCAUCAUACAGCAGAAGUGUUUACCAUGUGAUGAAGACCAUUUAUUUUCUUCCCAGGCACACACUUGUGUGAGAGUCACACAAAUUAAGCAUUCUACAACCUAAAGAAAGAACAAAAAUGUUUGUUUCUGGAAGAAAGUCUUGAGAUCACUAUCCCAGGGAAGAAAUAAUUCAGUUCAACCAGGAAUCCCCAAAAUACACUGCCAGGAAAGCAUUCUGUCUUAUGCACCUCUUUUCCCUCACUUUGUCCCUCCUAUUACACUUGCUUGUUCAGUAGGAGAAAGGCUGAUUUUCAAAUUUGUUGUGAAUAGAAGUUUUAUACUGUAAUUUGGAAACUAGGAUCAGAGAGUGUAAACAGCUCUCUUGGGCUGACAUUUACCGCCUGUUAUUGUGCCCUCUGAAAUGCGCCAUUGUGGGGUUAUCAGAUGUCUUUUGGAAACAGCACAUUAAAAUUUUGUAAGUUUGUGUUUUCA